GCACAAACGAACCGGAAUUUUAUCCUUAGUGCGUCAGUGAACGAAAGAAGGAAGGACACAAAGUAACGAUAACAUGGCUGAAUCAAGACCUCGCCAAAAUUUUCACCAGGAGAGUGAAGCUGGAUUAAACAAACAGAUUAACAUGGAAUUAUAUGCCAGUUAUGUCUAUCAAUCAAUGGCAUACUAUUUUGACAGAGAUGACGUAGCGCUGCCGGGAUUCUCGAAAUUUUUCAAACAUUCGGCAGACGAGGAGAGGGAACAUGCAGAAAAACUGAUGAAGUAUCAGAAUAAACGAGGUGGCCGUGUUGUUCUACAAGCUAUACAAAAGCCGGACCGUGACGAGUGGGGAUCAGGCCUUGAUGCGAUGAAAGCGGCGUUACAACUAGAAAAGACCGUGAACCAGGCGCUUAUCGACCUUCACAAUGUUGCCAGUGGUCAUGGCGAUGCACAGAUGAGCGAUUUCAUCGAAGAAGAAUUUCUGAACGAACAAGUUGAAUCGAUUAAGGAAAUCAGCGAUCACGUGACCACAUUAACACGUCUAGGAAGCGGACACGGAGAAUGGCACUUCGACCAGAAACUUCAGGGUUAGGAGUUGUUAUGGACUGAUGGGCUGGUCUCAUCAAGUUUGAUAUAUAGAAUGACCGUUUCAACAGAUACAAAUAUGUGUAAUUAACGUCACUGUUGCUUCAGUAAAUACAAUGUGUUCCUUGUAAUACCCGGACUUUGUCAUAAAAGGUGUUUAAUAAGUAACCUAUUUAUUCUUCGUUUUUAACCCCGUUCUACAAUUCAAAAUUUGACAUCCGUGCUAAAAGAAGUUAACACGGUUUCAAAAAAGAAAAAAAAAGAAAGAAUGAAGACAUUUUUAUGGACUUGAGUAUAUUUACUAAUAAAUAUGUAUGAUAUUAAACAUUGCAUAAGAUGGUAUUUUGUAAAUUCGUGUAAUGUCAAUAUUUCAAAUGUAUUGUUGUUGCAAAA